AUGUUGAAGCUCAAGGAAAUAGUCGAGAGGAGUGAGGCCGAGUGGCGGAGGGCGGCGGCCGAGGAGAGGUUGGCGGCGACCGAGGAGAGGAAGGUGGACCUAGAGGAGAAAAAGGCCGCGGCCGAGCAGAUGAAGAUGGUCAAGGAGAAGGCACUCAAGUUUAUGUUUAUGGAUACAUCUACUCUUGAUCCCAAGGCAAAGGCCUAUGUUGAACUUUGUCGCGAUGAAAUGCUCAUGAAGAAGCCAAUGCUCAUGAGGCAAAUGAUGAUGGGAGGAGGCAUGGGAGGUGCCAUGGGAGGAGGCAUGGGAGGUGCCAUGGGUGGCUACAUGAACAUGAUGGGAGGUGUCAUGAAUGGUGCAUUUGGCGGAAACAUGGGAGGUGGCUUCGGUGGCAACAUAGAAGGUGGCUUUGGUGGCAUGGGAGGUGGCUUCGGAGGCAACAUGACCGGCAUGGGAGGUGGCUUUGGUGGCAACAUGAUGGGUGGCUUCGGAGGUGACUAUGGCGACAACAUGAGUGUCGUUGGAGGUGGCUUCGUCGGCAACAUGACCGGCAUGGGAGGCAAUGAAGGUGCUUCGGGUGCUCCUGGCAAUGAGACUUCACCGUUUCAUAACGUCGACAAAGAAGCCGGUGAUGAUGAUGAUCGUACCACGGUUUAUAACGCCGGUGGUGUUGAUGACUCGCAUGAAUGA